AGACUGCAACCAGGCGGAAGUGCUGCUGCAGAUUUACCUGCAUCUCAAGAAAAUAAACAAAAUAUUUAGUGACCAUAUGGAUGAAACGUCCGAUUGAACCGGUACGAAUUUUAGCUAACAUCUCGACAGGCAGUUUUGGAGAGGUCCGGAACCUCUCGCCCUCCUCUACUUUCAGUUCUUCCCAGACACUUUGCUCAGCGCUGGCUUUCUUUAGGAACCAUGCUCAGUAAAUUGGAUAUCCCUCUUCAUGGGCCAGCAGUCAACAUCGUGAGAAAAUGUGGAGUUGCUCUGAGUGAUGUCCUUCAGUGCAAAUAUGGAUGUGUGGCCACCAUCGGUGGCAUGGAUUUUGAUGGAGACCCGGGCAUUGCACAGCAGAAAAGGCCACUUGUUGUCCCAGAGAAAAGGUUUGAUGGUAUGCUUGCUGCAGGCGUUCAGGUGUCUGUGUGGAAGGCUGAUCUCACCAGUUUCAGUGUGGAUGCUGUCGUGAAUGCUGCUAAUGAGCGUCUUCAGCAUUGUGGCGGGCUUGCUUUCGCUCUGUCCUUCGCCGGGGGUCCACAAAUCCAAAAAGAGAGUGACGACUACAUCAAGAAGUACGGUAGCUUGAAAACAGGGGAGGCAAUUGUCUGUGAUGCUGGGUCACUACCAUGCAGCAAGAUAAUUCAUGCUGUGGGCCCAGAGCUAUCAAAACACCCCUCGAAGUCCGAUGUUUCUCAUGCUGAAUGGCUUUUGAAAAAGGCCAUCACCAGCAUUCUUGACAAAGUUAAGGAGCACCAUCUGAAGACUGUUGCCAUUCCUGCUAUAAGCUCUGGACUGUUCAACUACCCCCUGACUCAAUGUGCAAACGUCAUAGUGACAACUGUGAAACGCUACUAUGAAUACUCUUCAAGGCAUUGUCCUAAAGAGAUUCUGUUUGUGAACAAUGAUGAGCCUACUGUCAGGGAAAUGGAGAGGGCCUGUCUUCAGAUAUUAGGCAGCCGCUCACCCACAACAUACAGUCAGGCAGCAGCAAGCCAAAAGAGAGGUAAUGCUAAAACCUCAACAUCUAGCGUCCAGAUGGGAAACGUCCGUCUGACACUGAAGACAGGCCGUAUUGAGGAGCAGCAGACAGAUGUCAUCGUCGACACAAUAUUCAACCGAAACUUGGAAAAUGGGCUGAUAUCCAAAGCUUUAUUGCGGAAAGCUGGUUAUGAAAUACAACAAGAAGUAUAUAAUGCUCCUAUGAGUGGACGUGUCAUCAUCACCAAACCCUACAAGCUGCAGUGUAAAGAGGUGUAUCACACUUGUUGCACUGAAAACUGGAAAGAAACAGCACAGGAGGGUCUUUUCAUGACAAUAUUGGACUGCUUACAUUUGGCAGCCAGGAAAUACCAUAAGUCAAUCGCCUUUCCCGCCAUCGGCACCGGAGGCCUCGGAUUCGAUAAAUAUGAAGCUGCCCAGACCAUGUCAAGAGCAGUGGACAACUUCGCCCAAACAGCCACAGACAAGAUGGACAUUUAUUUUGUCAUAUUUCCUUCUGACGGUGACACAUUCGAGGCUUUCGAGGAACAAAUGAGAUGUCUCCAGAAAAUGGCAUCUCCCCGCAGCCUAACACAUGCAUUAGAGCAGAGAGAUGACUUCCCAGGCAGCGGUGCUCCCGCUCCACAGAUCAGCCUGAGAGGCCCCUCGGACGCAGCGACGCGCGAGGCUGAACGAUGGCUCCAAGGCCUCCUCUUCGAAUCCUUCGGCACUGUUAUUAUCUGCAACAACUUCAUCCAGCACUUCGGCGAGCAAGAACAUCUGCAGCUGUCCCGUCUCGUGAAAAAGGGCGUUUCCAUUAAGGAGCUCUUUAAAAGAGGCCGUGCAAGCGUGAUUGUAGACGGGGAUUCAAGCGAAGAUGUCGUGUUUGCUGGGUUGCAGGUGGAGGCGUUACUCUGCAACAUCCAGAAGGAGUUUGUCAGAGAGGAAGAGUCUGCCAUGUUCCUGAUGUUGGCUCAGAAUGUGUCCUUUGAAAGAAAGACAUUGGACUAUUCAAGCCCAGAGUUCUCAGACAGAUAUGCUGCCCUCAAACAUACAGGGCUGCGAAUAGUGAAGGUGGACAAAGUGGAGAACGCAACACUGAAGAUGUUGUUUGAUCUCAAGAAAAAACAGCUAGGCUGCUCCACUCCUCAAACAAUGUUUCAGUGCAUACCUGCACAGUUCUGUGAGAUGGUUAGCCAUAUUGGAUUCCACGCAGAGUACGCACCACCUGAUGAUCCAGCUUAUGGGGAGGGCAUCUACUUUGCCAGCACAGUGAAAAAGGCCUUGAAAGUGUGGAAGGAGCCAAACAAGGAGUACCUGCACUUCGUGGAGGCUGAGGUGCUGACGGGAACCUUCACCCCUGGGAAACCAGGUCUCAUUCUGCCCCCUAGUGUAGGGACAGAGCCACACACUUUGUACGACAGUGUGAGCGGACCUGAAAUCUCUGUCAUAUUCAGUGGUUACCAGGCUCUGCCCACCUACAUUAUCACCUGUAAGAGCUUAUAUGUCUGAAGGGGGAUUUUUUUCACUGUCUCCUCUGGGUUGUAGGAUAUCAGGCUGUUAGCAUUACUUGUUGAAACCACAGAAUGGAGACCAGUAGCACAACAUUGCAGAGGAUCACAUCACACAUAUUCAGAUGUUUUGGUUACAGCUGCACCUUCAGUGAGUUAAGAUUCUUUUUGAAUUUCUCAUUGUUUCAUUACUAGCUUGUUUCUUUUGGGGUGAUUUCAUUUAAUUUAAUGGAAGUCUGAUGUAAUUCUUCAUAAAACAGGGAAAAGCUUUGAUCGACAGGUAGGGGAUGUACAUUACCGCACCACUACAAAUACGUGAUUGUAACCUAAUUGUAAAUGUUGACAAUGGCUGCAAAAUUGUUCCUGAUGCUGAUAUCAAAAUAAAAAA